AUGGCUGGUGGCGAAGAAUCAGCCGAAGCAGCAAAUCUAAAAGGCCUUAGCAAAAUUUUCAAUGGGCAAACUAUGAGAGGAAGGGCGAACGUAGCCAUAGCGACGUACGCAACUAUUGGCACCCUUAUAGCAUACUUCACUUUGAAACCCAAGAAACCGAAGACGAAAUAA